CAAAUAAUUAUCGACGAAUCUUCAACGAAAGAGCAAAUAAUUAUCGACGAAUCUUCAAUUAAAGAACAAAUAAACGUGACAAAGAAAGAAAGUUUACCUACUAGUGAUAUCGCCAAUAAUACUAUUCAACUGCGACCAUACCAGAAAGAGUGCAUUGAAACAUGCAUGUACAAAUUUUUAGAGAAGAAAGUUAAACGACAGAUAGUUUCAUUGCCUGUUGAAAUUCCGGACCCAUUUCCUGGUGCCAAUAAGGUUUUAAUCAUUGCUCAUCGACAAGAACUUUUGGAUCAAGCUCACAAGCAUGUUUCUCUGAGAAUGCCCAAUUCUGUCGUUGAAAUAGAUCAAGGGAAUAGACGUGCAGUUGGAUAUGGCGAUAUUAUAAUAGCAAGCGUACAGAGUCUAGUGCAUCAGAAAUCACAUCGUAUGGAAAAAUAUGAUCCACAACAAUUCAAAGCUAUCAUAAUUGAUGAGGCUCAUCACGCAGCCGCAAAGACAUAUCGUAAGAUUUUUGAACAUUUUGGAGCUGACUCGGAAAACACGCAUUUAUUUGUUUGGGGAUGCUCGGCUACAAUUCGAAGACACGAUGGUCUUGCACUUCAAUCUUUAUUUGAUGAAGUUACUUUUCAUAGAGAUUUCUUGGAUAUGAUACGAGAAAAAUGGCUAUGCGAUAUUAAGGUGACAACAGUAAAAACUGAAAUUGAUAUUAGUAAAGUUAGAGCGCUAAAAGGUGAGUUUGUGAUAAGUGAACUUGCCAAAGAGGUGAAUGUUAAAGCACGAAAUGAGAUUAUCAUCAGAACAUAUUUACAAUAUGCAGCUGAUAGAAAAUCAACGCUGGUUUUCGCGGUAGAUAUUGAGCACAUAGGUCAAUUAACUAUUCAUUUCCGUGAAGCUGGGAUAGAAGCUCAUGGAGUUAGUGGUAAUACGCCUAAAAAUGUCAGGUCCCGUAUUCUGAAUGAAUUCAAAGCCGGAAAAUUUCCAGUUUUGGUGAACUGCGGUAUUUUAACAGAGGGUACUGAUAUUCCUAACAUUGAUUGUAUAUUGAUGAGUCGACCUACACAGUCUGCAGCAUUAUUCCAACAAAUGAUUGGACGUGGAAUGCGUCGUUCCGAAGGAAAAAAUAAUUGUCUUGUUAUAGAUUACGUUGACUCGUACUCUAAAUUUCAUAAUGUUAAAACAUUGCCAACUUUAUUGGGAUUGAAUCCGAAUCAAGAACUGGAGAAUGAAGAUCCGCUGGAAUUUUUAAAAGGAGAAUUGAUAACGAAUUUACACAUUACCGAAUGGGAGAAUCCUUUUGAAUUAUUAGAAGAUUGCUCUGGUGCUGUAUUUCUUGAUAAACUAAGCAGAAAUGCAUGGGUUAAAGUUGGCGAUAUAUAUGCUCUCUCCAUGAGAUCAGAAGGAACCAUAAAAUUAGAAAAAAACGAAAAAACUGGACUUUAUGAAGCUAAAAAAAAAAUCUUAAUAACAAGCAAUGGUAACUUUUACCAGAAGAAGAUGGAUCUGCCAUUGCCAAUAAAGAGUGAUAAACUUGAACACGCAAUAAAAGCCUGCGAUACUUGGAUAGAGACAAAUCUGCCUGCAAAAGUACAAUUAAUUAUUCGGCGCAAUGCAAGCUGGCGAUCCGAUCCAAUAACACUGAACCAAAAAAAAGUUUUAAUGGGAAGUGCUCACAAAAUUAAAGAGUGGACAAACAUCGAGAAAAUAGAUAAACUUUCCAAAGGACAAGCAGCAAAUAUGAUUACCCGGUUGAAAGAAGGAGCAGCUGCAAGCUGGAAGCGUACGCAAAGACGAAAAGAGAUUCAAAAGAAGAAAGAAAUCAAAGAAAUGAAGCGUGGUCCAAUAUCGGAAGGCCGGUUGAGCUCAUUACAGUUCUAA